GUAGAAAUACACAUCUCUUCAUUCCUCCCAUCAUUGAUCCUCACCAUGUUCGCAACUAGACGUCUGCUAAGCGCCGUGACCAAGAAGACUACUGGUCUCUAUGGUUUGCCUGUUCAUCCUGAUCCUCGUCCUCACCUCAUCACCAUUUAUAAUGAUACCCUUAAGACCUUGGAAAAGUUUCCUGAUCAUGCUGUCUAUCGUCAAGCUACCACUGCACUGACCACCCACCGCUUGAAUAUUGUUCAGAGUAUUGAAGAUAUUGCCAAGAUCGAGGAGGCUUUAGACGCUGGCCAGAUCGAAGAGGUUGUUGUUCAAGCCGUGGAAGAGCUCAAGUUGGCGGACAAGAUGCUCGAGUGGAGGCCUUGGGAGCCAUUAGAGACUCCUGUACCAAAAGACCAGUGGAACUACAAGUACAGCGAGCACAAUUAAUAUAUGAAUCAGACAAACAGGGAAGAGAGAAAUACGAUUAUGUUACAGAGAGAAAAAUAACACGAGUGCAUUUUUAGAGCAACAUUAGGACAGUAUGAUAAAUUCAAUACACAUCAUGUCUUAUUAUACUU